AUGGACACGCCAGGUCCUGAUGUGGUCAAGGACUCCCAACAAUCGCACCCCAACGUCACCCCCAAAUCAGCCACAUUCGGGUCCCCCCUUCACACACAAGAGUCGUGGACAGCACCCCCACGUCGCCGUCCAGUCCAGCAGAAAGCGAAAGCCUCGUUCAUUGACGAAGAAGAUGAGCGGAGCGACAGCCAUGUCACGCCCAAUCCACGAGAACAGCUCGAUGGUGACCUUCAUCUUGACUCCACGUCUUCUGGUAUCGAUCCAGGACAGGACGGAGAUGAUAAUGAGGUUCGGGAUGUCUUCAAUCAGUCACCAACUCUCCAUGGCCUCCUGGGUGCUCAUAUCCCGCCUCAAUCAGCCCAACCAGCUCCAGAGAGGAGCAUGAGCGGGUCGUCUGAUCCAUUCAGUAACUUCGAAUCGCUUAAGAAACAGCCACCCACUGCAGUUACUUCCCGUAAUCCCCCGAAGAUCGCACAUUCUCAGAAACCACUCCAGCCAGUGCAGACGCAAAAGCGGACAUUGGAAACUCGAGGUACGACGGACACCGAGGGAAAGAUGAGGCCAUCAACCAAAGACACCGAGCUGGAACCCAAGGCCCUUGCCAACAGCAAAGUGAAACUAUCUGGACUUGAGUUGGAGGAAGAGACCGGGGCUGAAAGGCCGGACAUCCAUAAAUCACAUGAGUAUGACUACUCCCUACCAGCAUCUAACAGCAGUUCUCCUGUGGCGGCUCCAGCCAAAAAAAGAGCUCCAGCGAAGAAGCAAGCCGUGAAGAAGCCAGCCCCCAAACCCAAAGCAAAUGCACGAGAGACAAAGGCUACUGCCGGGGGACGUCCGAGAAACGCAAAACCCGCACCUGUGCCGCCAGCUCAUCAGAGUCCAGAGGCCCAUUCAGAUGAGGAACACGAUGAAGACAAGUUGCCUACAGAGGAACCCUCGGUCGUCACCCAAGCACCCCAUGAAGCCAACCACAACUCUCAGAUGAAAGGCCAGAAACUUGAAUCAGGAAAUUCUUCAAAUGAGGAUGAGAAGCAGGACGUCAUUAUAGUAUCUUCUGACUCCACUUCGUCGUUCCCAGAGUCAGACAACACAGAUGACCAGGACUUCGAAUGCUCCCGAAAGAUGACACCCAGCAACGCACGCCGCAGGACAAGAGCGACCGCUGCUAGAAGCCAGGCAGCCAAACAAGUCAAGGGGAAGGACAAGAACCAUUCAAAUCCAAGGCCGAAUGCACAGAGUCAUGACGCUCAAGACGAGAGAAACGACGUCGAUACCGCCAAAAGAGCAAAGAGACAGCCGAAACAGCCACCCAAGAAGACCGCAGUCGAGAAGACUCAGGCCGUCGCAAUAGGUACUGAGCCUAACUUGGAGUCAAAGAAGGAAUUCAAGUCGUCCGGGGAGAAGUCCAAGAAGAAAAGUUCUACCAGUGAACGAACAGCUGCCGUGAAUCAAACCGCGAAUGCCAAAGGCGAAAUCAAACAGGAAACUGUUGUGUCCUCCAACGCUGACCGUGUGGGAAGAGGCGAGGCGUAUAAAGUUGGUCAAACGUCGGAACCAGCAAAACAGACCAAGGAAUCUCGUCGCAAGCCAAAUAUUGUUGCAUUCGGGCUUGGUGGGCCAAAAAAUAACGGUAGGCCGCACAAGACAACAGCGACCGCCGACUCGCGGUCACAAGUUCAGCAACCCGGUCCAAUCAAUGGAGAAUAUCCUGUGGCCACAAAGAACCAACAGGCCAAAGGGAGCCAGAAGGCCCCGAAAAUGCAGUUGAACACAGCAGUCCAAGGCGGAGACAGUCCAACAAAUGACUUCAAUGGUCUUGUUAAAGGUGGUCUCAGCCGAACUGCGCGGGCAAGCCAGCCGACUGUUGCGGAGGCAGUUCCGGACAAUGCGCCAAUUUCCAAGGCCGAAACCAAGGAAAUCGUGUCGGAUUUCGAUGCAGAGAUGACAACUCUCGUCGACGAAGCUGGACGCGGUGACGCAUCUGGUCAAUCCGCCAACGGCGACUUUGAAGCUGACACCGCAGUGGAUGACGCAGCCAAUUUGACAGUCGACUCCCCGAAACAUCAGAGCCAUGAAGUGGCGAGACGAAGGGCUUCUGAGGUGGACGAAAGAGCGCAAGCUUGGAAGAAGGCAACAGAGCCAUACGAUAACAGCCUUGGGGAGACGAUGCACAAGAUUGUCAAUACCAUCCUGCGAGGACUCAAGACAAGCGAGGCGGCGAUCGACGAUGUAGUUGAUGACUACCAAAAGGAUGGCCAGCGAGUGGUCGAAAAAAUAGCACACAAGCACAGGAAAGAGAGGGCGCUCAUCACGCAGCAACAAGAACAGAAGCGACUGGAAUAUGUCCAGACCUACGGCCAAGCCCGGCAUGUUGCUGGGACGCUUCUGGGCAAGCUGGAGUCGGUGGACGUUGACGAGACUGUCGCCCAUGUGAGGGAGAACGCACCCACCAAUCACCUGAAGCAAUUGCUGCAGACCAUCACAGAAGCUUGA